AUUUCUUCGGAACUAUCCAUAUUGGCGAUGACCAUGGGGAAUCGCUUGAUCUUAUUAUGCCUUUUUCGAGCAUGUCAUUUAUUUGUCGUUCUACUUCGGGCUUAUGAACGUAUGGAUAUCUAUAGGUUUUACUAUAAAUAGGGGUUUCGUCUUUUGUCUUAAUUUCGUGUUUCACCUGAUUAGUAAACGUCAGUGGUAAAUUUUCUUUAUGAAAGAUGUCUUGAAAUUGUCUACACAGUUUUUCUAUAUGAUAUUUUUCUUCGGAGUUUAGUUUUAAUGAAGGACAAAAGUCAAGAUCUAUUUACGGAAUGGUACAACCGAUUCAUGGAAUCAUCUACAUUGACGAAGUUUGACACAACGAUAUUGAACGUUGAUGAUGCCCUCGACAAAACAAAAAUUUGUAAUGCUCUUUCUAAUGGUGCAAAUAUAAUAUUGGACAUAUCGUGGGGUAAACAAGAGGAAGCUGAACCAAUAUUCUCAAACAUUGGAAUACCCUAUUACAAAAUAGACGUCGCCAUAACAGCUCAUUUGGAUCUACUUGAUCAGUAUCUGGAUAUCAGGAAUGCCUCAGAUGUUACUAUGAUUUUUGACGAUCCGUGUGUAAGUUUUUUUUAA